AUUGGCCGCUGUAUGCUGACUGUUGGAAACUGUCAUGGCGGCGCCCAUGCCGCGGCCUAGCGGGAACGCGGCGUGCUACACGCCCGCUGUCACAGGAGCGCUCCCAGGCCCAUGAUGGCGUCCGAUGGCAGGGACGUGGACGACAGCUGACCGCAGGGACCCAGGACGGAGUCCGCAGCGGCGGACAGAUGUCAGCUUGACGCUGCUGUUCCUGCAUUGUGGCAUAGAGGAGUCAUGCGCCAGAAUGUGUCGCCAUCCUGAGCACCUGCGCAGCUCUCAGCCCCCCACCUGGGGGGAGAGGAAGAGGACGGAGCAGAGAGGGGAGAGACCAGCCAUGUCUAACGUCACCCCGGAUGCCUGCAACGUGGACUCAGACCUGGACGGCAUCCUGCCGCCGUCACUAUACGCCGUGGUUUUUGUGGUGGGGCUUCCAGCCAACCUCCUGGCACUUUGGGCAGCCUGGCUCCAGGUGCGGAAAGGAAAAGAACUUGGAGUCUACCUCCUGAACCUCAGCCUCUCCGACCUCCUCCUCAUCUGCGCACUACCACCGUGGACAGACUACUAUUUACGGAGGGACGUUUGGGGUUACGGCCCCGGGGCCUGUCGCCUCUUUGGCUUCAUCUUCUACACCAAUCUGUAUGUGGGCGCUGCCUUCCUGUCCUGCGUGUCCGCUGACCGCUACUUAGCUGUGGCACACCCGCUGCGAUUCCCAGGCGCCAGGCCCAUCCGCUCUGCUGCUGCAGUCUCCGCCUUGGUGUGGGUGCUAGAACUGGCAGCGAAUGCCCCUCCCUUGUUCAGAGACGCCAUCACCCAGGACCGCUACAACCACACCUUCUGCUACGAGAGCUACCCGCUUUCUGGAAAAGGAGAUGCCCUCGCUAACGUGGGGAGGGUGCUAGCUGGAUUCUUAUUGCCCUGGGGCAUAAUGCUUCUGUGUUAUGCUGGCUUGCUGCGAGCUCUACGGGGGAGCGCGUCCUGCGAGCGGAGAGAGAAGAGGAGGGUGCGUCGCCUGGCGCUGGGGCUCCCCUGCGUGGCACUCCUCUGUUAUGGGCCUUACCAUGCCCUCUUGCUCCUGCGCAGUCUGGUGUUCCUGGUGGGAGGGGGCUCAGCAGCAGCGGGGGAAAGCUGUGCGCUGGAGGAGAGGCUAUUCCCAGCUUACCACGCGUCGCUAGCCAUGGCCACUCUGAACUGCCUGGCAGAUCCUGCCCUGUACUGCCUGGCAUGCCCAGGUGCCCGAGGGGAAGUGGCCAAAGCAAUAGGUCGGGUGGUGGCAUGGGCAAUGGGGAAGGACAGAGCAGGGUGGCGGGGUGGGAUGAGUGACGGCAGAGGGAUCGCGGGGCAUGGAGAAGAAGUGGGUAUGGUGGAGAUGGGUGAGAGGGGGGGCAGUUUUAUAGUAUGA